GAGCAGAAGUCCAUGAUGAAGGGCAAGAACAUGUCUCAGAGGAAGGCCAUGUCUGGUUCAGGAAGGGAUUGUGGGGACGCUGAUGUUCUAGAGACCCGCUUUCAGACAGAUAUGUUCCUCCUGACCAUGGCCUCCUCUCAGAGAGAUCUGUUUGAAGACGACUGGCUCGCUUUUGCCGUCAGAGUUCACUGGCUCAAAGCACGAUACCUCACCUUUCAGGGUGACAUGGAAGAGGCACUGGAGUGUUACGACAUGUGUGUCGGUCUGCUGAAAGGUCAGACAAGUGAGAUGGAAAAAAUCACCAUCCUCCUGCCCAACCUCAGUGUGGACAAUGCCAUCUCUGUUUAGAUUGAGAAGAAGUUGAAGUCUCUAGAGCGAUGUCAGUCUCUUGAGGAGAUCCAGAGACUGUUUGACACGGGAGAUUACCAGUCUGUGGUCCGUCUGCUGCAGCCCACACUGAGCUUCGGCCCCGGCUCGGCACGAAUGAAGCCUCUAGAUUACAUCAGCUCUGCUCCUGAGAGACCAGCACAGCUGUUACUG